AUGGGUUCACUUGUCCCAUUUCAAGACCUCAAUCUUCAGCUUGAAACCACCAAUUUCACAUCUACUCCAACCCCAACUCCAAGAAUCAUCCCCAAGAUUGAACCAAACUUGAACCCCUUGAUGAACCAAUAUAAAGAAGCUUUUGCCGGAAGAAUGCAGCAUUUCGGAGAUGUUGAGGUCGUCGAACACCAGCAUUCUCGUGUUGAGGUUGUGGAAGACGCCGAUUCUCAUGCCAUUGUUCCUGUUAACGACGACACCCAAGCUUCAGAAAUUGUGAUUGCUAGAAAAAGAUAUCCACAAAGAUCAUCCGAAUUAGUUAGAGUGACAGAUCUUGAGCCCGACGAUCAACGUUAUCUCCGAGACGCUGUUCGGAGAACCCGAAUGUUGUUUGAUUCUCUGCGUAUUCUCUCAAACAACCAGCAUUGGGGUCCUCAUAGAAGGAGAAGAGGUGAUCUGAAGGCUUGUGAAAUAUUGAGAUGUUGA